GCUACACUGACAUUGACAUUUGGCAACAAAACAAUGUUUUGAAUUGAUGAGUUUUUUAUUUCUACAUGGUUUUUAUAAUUUAUUUAACUUGUAGUGAUAAAAUAAUAAGAAUACCAUUGAAAUAACUUUUAACAUCUUGUAAUUAUAAAGUACGCAAAAGAAAUGUCCGAACUCUCGCCGAAAAUUUGUAAAUAACCCUCAAUCAUUGGUUAUCGCAAUGAAUUGUUUAUCAAAUUAUGAUCAUUGCAUUACCUGUAUUAUUUUAUUUAUCAUUGACUCUAAUAAAUCAAACCAAAUGUAUCUGCCACAAUACUGAUUUAUUAUAUCCUUACUACAUAAAGGAAGACUAUCAAACCUGUGAAGGUGAGAAAAACUUUGGAAGACAGUUAAAUAAGGAAAAUCAAGCUAUUUCCUCGUUAAAACUAGUUCAAAAUACCAAAAAGAUGUCAUCGAAUGGAUUCUACAGGCCUAGAAGUGCUUUAGCCCGGGCUUUACAAGAAAAACAGCGGAAUGAUAGACAUCUUCAGGAGUUUGACCAAGAAGAGUGGUACCGCGUAGAACAGAACGGCCUAAGCCCAGAGCUGAAGAAGAAGUUCGUACAACUACAUCCCGAUGAGGAAACCAAGGAGUUCCUGUCGUCGUCCAUAGACAAGUCUUCGUGGGUCUGGACACAGAUCUGGUACCUGUUGGCGAAGGCUGUGCUCAGGCACUUCUGGUCCAUCACCGAUAUCAAUGGCUGGCUAGGCCGCGGCUCUAUGUUCGUACUAUCGGAAGCGCAGGCGCGCCUGAUGCUGCAAGCCGCCAAGUGGUCCGGCAGCGGCUCGGCCACCGUGGUAGACGUCGGUGCCGGAGACGGCGAGGUCAGCCGCCGUUUCGCCAAUCUCUACUCGCAGAAAUACGCCACCGAAAUAUCGGCUAGCAUGAGGAAAGCGUUGAGCAGUAAAGGUUACACAUUGUUGGACACGGACUAUUGGUGGCGCACGCAGCAAUUCGACUGCGUGUGCAUGUUGAACCUGCUGGACCGCUGCAGCAGGCCCAAGACUAUGCUGAAUCAAGCGAAGAAAGCCCUGGCGCCAGGCGGCGUACUUUUAUUGGCGCUGGUGCUGCCAUACAAACCUUACGUCGAAGUGACGGCAGAUCACAAGCCCGAAGAGCGCCUGCCUAUCCAGGGGUCCACAUUCGAAGAGCAACUAGCAUCAUUCGUUUCUUUCAUGGAUGACAUUGGUUUCACGCUAUCGUCGUGGUCACGCGCACCGUACCUUUGUGAAGGCGAUUUCGCGCAAGCGUACUACUGGCUAGAUGACUCAGUGUACGUGUUCACGCCAAAAGAUGGCGCUACAUGAAGUCUUUCAUAACACGGCAUUUUUUUUUAUUCCGAUAUUAUUCCAAUCGAAAAUAAAAAAAUACUUUUAUUACUUAUUAUUAAUUUUGAUUGGUUGAAUUAACCUCAAAACAAAAACGUGAUACGCUUCUGUUCCUUGAUAUUGAUAUUGUAUACAAAUUUUUCAAAGCGGCCAAAUUAUAGGCUUUGGCUGAGGAAUAAUUUAGGAAUGUUAAAGUUAUCAUAUAAAAAACAGUAUUUUGAUUUGAUAUUACAACAGUAUAAUGAAUAUCAGAUCAAAGCAUGAAUAUGCGCUACACUCAUUGGUAGACUGUCAAUUAAAAUGGACGCCACUUAAUUGCGGUUACUUUGGUGCUAAUCGUCUAAGUAAUAAAAAAUACAUACUCUUCUAUUUUCAUUCGAUAGUACAUGAGCCAGCUCUCGUUGAAAAUUAUCCAAAAAUUUAUCCCAAGUAAUUCCGCGAAUCAAGACGAAAAAAGAAGAUCUUGACGUAAUUGAGUUAUAUAUUAUUAUAUUGUGUAGAAAUUUUUGCAUGCGAACUUUAUGUCGAUAGAUAGGUACGUACUUAAGUUAAAAAUAUUUUUAUUUUACAAAGUUCCUUAUUUUUUAUUUAAUAUUGAUUUAUUUAUUAGAUAUAAUGUAUUUAAACACAUUAUCUCAACAUGGAGAGAUUCCAUAAGUUGUUCUUUAUGUUGUCAAGUUCUAUACAUAGGUACCGAAUUUUUCUAUGAAUAUACUAAUUCGGUAUACUUUUUGUAAGUAGAUAGGUGUAUUUCAAUCAGAUGUUAGAAAAAUGUAUUUUUUAAAGCUUAGUUGAUACGAAUAAUCUUGAGUAAAAAUAAUCAUAGUACAGUUUUUAUAAUGUCAAAAGUCUAUCUCUUCUCAACUACAAUUCUUUCAAAAUGCAUUUAUCUUGUGUCAAUAUUUUUAAAUCGUAUGUAAUUCAAAGCUAUUGUCCAAUAAACAUUAAAAGGAAUGACUUAAGAAGGAGAUGGUUGAUUAUUUUCAUUUUUUUAUCAAGAAGUUUAAUUAAACGGCGAAUUUAUUUAAAAACUAUUACUAUUGUCUAUUACGACAAUUUACUUAAGGCUGUAACGCGCACGCGCAUUUACAUCGAAGAUAUUGUUUUGGGAAUCAAUUAAUGAAAAUAAUUGUUGUGUUGCACUGUAAAUAAGAGCACAAAUCUUGUAUUCAACAUUUUUAUACCUUUAUAUUACUCACAAUAUCAAUUGUUAGGUUAGAAUUUAUUAUUAUAUAUUUUAUCAUAUUAAAUGUAUCAAAAUAUAAUUUUUCCAUGAAUUAUUUCCGUCAUUCCAUUAGUGUUUUAUUUAGAUUUUUGUUACAUAUUAUGAUUAAUCAUCAGGCGUUUAUUCCUUUGUAUUAAAAUAAAGAAAUCUUUGUAUUCCAUUUCCACGACUGCGAUUAUUAAGACUUUA